CUUUGACUCCUGGUCCCGGGUUCCUGAGGCUGUCCUCUGGAGCUCGACUUCCCUCGCCCCUGCACAGGUGCCCAGGGUCCGCUAGGGUGGGCGCGUGAGGCAGCCCAGGCUGGGGACACAGGCGGCUCUGGGUGGGCGGAGGCCAGCGCCCCAGCCCCCCUUCCCCGCUCGGAGCUGUCCGUGACGUCAGAGCCGGACUGGGUAAACUGAGCAGGGCUCUGGGCGCCGGGGCGGAGAAGGCGACCUGGGAACGCACACUGAGGUCCGCGCAGGGCAGCGCAGGAGUCCCGUGGGCAGUGGCCGGCAGCCCGGAGCGCAGCCAUGGCCCUGAGCGAGCUGGCGCUGCUGCGCUGGCUGCGGGACGGCCGCCACUCGCGCAGGCUGAUUCUCUUCAUCGUGUUCCUCGCGCUGCUGCUGGACAACAUGCUGCUCACGGUCGUGGUCCCCAUCAUCCCUAGCUACCUAUACAGCAUAAAGCAUGAGAAAAAUGCUACAGAGAGCCAGACCGCUGGGCCCACGCUCACAGCCUCCACCUCGGGAAGUUUCCAGACCAUCUUCUCUUACUAUAACAACUCAAUCAUAUUCACCGGGAACACCACUGGGGGCCUCCCGGGGGGGCAGCCACACAAGGCUACCCCCACACAGCACGUGGUGACCAAUGCAUCCACCAUCCCUCCUGACUGUCCCAGCGAAGACAAAGACCUCCUGAAUGAAAACGUGCAGGUCGGGCUGCUGUUCGCCUCCAAAGCCACUGUCCAGCUCCUCACCAACCCAUUCAUAGGACUGCUGACCAACAGAAUCGGCUACCCGAUCCCCAUGUUCGCCGGGUUCUGCAUCAUGUUCAUCUCCACCGUCAUGUUUGCCUUCUCCAGCAGCUACGCUUUCCUGUUGCUCGCCAGGUCCUUGCAGGGAAUCGGCUCGUCCUGCUCCUCUGUGGCUGGGAUGGGCAUGCUGGCCAGCGUGUACACAGAUGACGAAGAGAGAGGCAACGCUAUGGGCAUUGCCUUGGGGGGCCUGGCCAUGGGAGUCCUGGUGGGGCCCCCCUUCGGGAGCGUGCUCUAUGAGUUCGUGGGGAAGACGGCUCCCUUCCUGGUGCUCGCUGCGCUGGUGCUCCUGGACGGAGCCAUUCAGCUCUUUGUGCUCCAGCCGUCCCGUGUGCAGCCAGAGAGUCAGAAGGGGACACCCCUGACCACCUUGCUGAAGGACCCCUAUAUCCUCAUCGCCGCAGGCUCCAUCUGUUUUGCAAACAUGGGGAUCGCCAUGCUGGAGCCUGCCCUGCCCAUUUGGAUGAUGGAGACCAUGUGCUCUCGGAAGUGGCAGCUGGGCAUUGCGUUCUUGCCAGCGAGUAUCUCUUAUCUCAUUGGAACCAAUAUUUUUGGGAUACUUGCACACAAAAUGGGAAGGUGGCUUUGUGCUCUUCUGGGAAUGGUAAUUGUUGGAAUCAGCAUUUUAUGUAUUCCUUUUGCAAAAAAUAUCUACGGACUCAUCGCUCCCAACUUUGGAGUUGGUUUUGCAAUUGGGAUGGUGGACUCCUCCAUGAUGCCUAUCAUGGGCUACCUGGUCGACUUGCGGCACGUGUCCGUCUACGGAAGCGUCUAUGCCAUUGCAGACGUGGCCUUUUGCAUGGGGUAUGCUAUCGGUCCCUCUGCUGGCGGUGCCAUUGCAAAAGCAAUCGGCUUUCCUUGGCUCAUGACAAUUAUUGGGAUAAUUGACAUUGCUUUUGCCCCACUCUGCUUUUUUCUUCGAAGUCCACCUGCUAAGGAAGAAAAGAUGGCUAUCCUCAUGGACCACAACUGCCCCAUUAAAACAAAAAUGUACACUCAGAAUAAUGUCCAGUCAUAUCCCAUCGGUGAUGAUGAAGAAUCUGAAAGUGACUGAGACCCUCCAAACCCGCCAAAUGUUUAACUGUGUAGAAGUGUUUCCAAUGAGAUGAUUCAUGCAGACUGUCUUAGUCACACCAUCCAUUCCUGGCAAAGAGUAAGAACCAAAGGUGAUACUUUCUUUCCAUGGUUAUGAUUGACUGCUAACAGCCUUAUAAAGAAAAAGCAGCUUUUCUAGGGGUUUGUAUAAAUAGUGUUGAAAACUUUAUUUUACGUAUUUGGUUUUAUUAAAUAUUAUACAAUAUAUUUUGACGAAAUAGGUAU